AUGGAAUCAUUAUCGGAUUUGGAUGCAGAAAAUGCUGAAAUAUGUGGAGCGAUAACUCAACGACAAAUGGGUGAGAAUGAUUAUGGUGAGCCGUGGACUGAGCUUAAUUUAGAGGUCAUAUCUAAGCAUUGGAAUAUCGAUUUGCUUCCACUUGCGAUGAAAUUUCAGAUACUUACACAAAAUCUUCAAUUCACUGAUUCAUGUACUGCUACAUUGCAAGUUACAAAUAAACAAAUCUUCUUGGAGGAUUGUAUAGCAGCACACAUGUUUUUACCAUUGGAAGCAUUUCAUUUUGGUAGUUUAUUCAAAGGACGAUUUUUAUCACAUUUUUCUCGUGAAGCAUGUGUAGGAACACCAUUGGAACAGUUGCGUAGUUUACAAGUUUUACGUGUUCUACGAAAUUGUCCAGAAAUUGUUGACCCGAUGUUUGUUGAUUUUGAGCAUGAUCGUGAUAUUUUUAUCGUUCGAUUUGCUAUUUUAGACGGUGGAUUUCGACCAAAAAAUAAUGAAGACGGCAAAAUUUCACAUGCUUCUGCUAUUCCUGGUUCAGCAAUUGCUAUAAAGGUGCGAUAUUCUUCUAUCCGUCGUAUUCUGGUUGAUUUACGAACUAAAUUGCCGAACGGUAUGUAUGGUAAACGAAUCUAUUUUCAUUUAAAUUAUCCACCUGAAAUACGAAAGUAUCAAAGAAAAACGGAUGAAGAUGAUGAUAAAGGAGGCAGUAAUGGAAAUCGAUGGAGGACAAUUCCAGAAAAUAAUGAUGACAAACGAGACAACUGUGCAGCUAUUAACGAAAGCCCAUACUUUUGUUUACAAUUACAACAAAAUAUUUCAGAUGAUACCUUGUAUCAGAUACUUAGUCGGCUUCGUAUACGAGCAGUAUUAUCGAUCGAAUUUGCAAAUUUAAAAUUUCGAUAUUUGAACAUAUUAGAUUACGUGGAUACACCUGUACGUUUCGUGGGAUGCGAUCAUCGUUCAUGUGCAAAUGGUAAUGAACAAACUUCUGCAACGCUUUUCCCACGUGUUGAUGCUGAAUGUGAGCGAAAGAUUAGAAAUUGUAAUGUAUUUGGCUUGGAAUAUUUGAUCGCUGCAUUACUUUCACGUGGUGCUGUUGUAAAAGAUCAAAUCUUGAUAGAUAACAAAACGCGUGAUUCUUUUGUCGAUAUGAUUUUGAAAAGGUUUAAAGAUAAUGAAGAGUUAACAUUGGAAGCAUUGGAACGAUUGCUGAAUAUGAUUGAUGAAACGAAACAAGUGCCAUGUUUAUUUACAUCAUUUGAGAAGAUUCGAAAUAGUCUAUUACGACAAAAAGAUGUUUUGGAAGAAAUUUACCAAGAGAAUAAGCGAGAAGGUUAUCAACGUGUACGAAAGGUAGUCAUAACACCAACUCGUAUAUUGCUUGUAGUACCCGAAUUAUUAAUGGGAAAUCGAGUCCUUCGAACGUUUGAUAAAGAUGGAAAUGGUGCAUUACGGAUCCAAUUUCGAGAUGAUGAUGGUACACCGUUAAGAUUAAAUACUGUUGGUCUCUUCCUAAUACAAACGACAACUUUUAAUACACUUUCACGAGGGGUUUAUAUUGGAGGUCGGCACUUUGUUUACCUCGGAUCAUCAAAUUCACAAAUGCGAGAUAAUGGUUGUUACUUUUAUGAUGAUGGAAAAGGUGGACAAGCACACAAAAUCCGUGAGCAGUUAGGAAAGUUUGAUUGUUGCAAUAUACCAAAAAUGAUGUCACGAAUGGGGCAAUGUUUUACGCAAGCAAAGCGAUGUAAGGUAACAUUAAAGCGUCAUAAAUAUAAUAAAACUUAUGAUAUCAUUGGUGGAAGAGAUACGAAUCAAGAUUUUUAUAUAUUUUCGGAUGGUAUUGGGAAAGUAUCAAAGGAGUUUGCUGAAAAAAUAGCUUUAGAUGUGGGAUUGGGCGCAUCAGUCCCUAGUUGUUAUCAGAUUCGUCAUCGUGGCAUUAAAGGUGUUCUCUCUGUAGAUCCUAGUCUGGACCAACGCAAACACUGGGCUGUUACUAAUAACAUAAUUGAUAAAAACAAAAUUACAAAUAAGCAAAAUGAUUUAGCUGUUGUAUUUCGUCCAUCUCAGGAUAAAUUCAAAGCACCACGUGACGAAUACAUUGAAAUUGUAAAAUAUUCGGCACCGACACCAGUUUGUCUCAAUCGUCCAAUGAUAUGUAUUUUGGAUCAGGUUAGUGGGAUGCAAGGUUUUUCCGUACAUGAACGGAUUAGAAAGCGUAUACAUGACUUACUGGAUAUGCAAAUGACGCAAUUAACUGAUAUGUUAAUGAGCGAAGAAAAAUGCCGUGAAAGACUUAAUGAAUUACCAUGGCGUGUCAAUGUUUCACGUCUAACACUUGCACGUGGUUUUGCCUUAACGCAAGAACCGUUCUUUCGAAGCUUAUUAAGAGCAAAUAUCAAAUGCACUUUAAGAAAAUUGACUGCUAAAAUACAAAUUCAAGUACCACCACAUCUUGGGCGUUCGAUGUUUGGUGUAAUGGACGAAACGGGUCAGUUGCAAUGCGGUCAAGUUUUUGUGCAGUGCACUAGGAAUAUUUGGCUUAAAACACCAUCCAGAUCUGCUGCAAAAGUUAUUUUAACCGGUUCAGACUUAGAUGGUGAUGAAUAUUCAAUAAUUUGGGAUCCGGAACUAAUGUUUGAAUAUAAUGAACCACCAUUAGAUUUUCCAAAAAGUGCAUCGGACAAUAAAGUCGUUGAUGAAGGACAAGUGGAUUUAGAAAUGCGAAAGUUCUUUGUUAAUUAUAUCAAACAGGAUUCAAUUGGUUCCAUUUCAAAUGCUUUCUUAGUUAAUGCUGACCUUUAUGGGAUCACAAGUGAGGUUUGUAUUAAUAUAGCAAAGAAACAUUCAAAAGCUGUUGAUUUCCCGAAAACUGGCGAUGCACCUGCUCCGUUAACAAAACAGUGGACAUUAGGUAAAGAUGGAAAUAUGCUUCCACCAGAAAGAGCCGAACGUUGGCCAGAUUUUAUGUGUAAAAAUCAUGAACCGAGUUACAUUUCAUCGCGUUUAGUUGGACAACUAUAUAGACGUAUCAGACUUCUAGAUGAUGCUUUAAAUCUCACAACUGCUGUGGAAGGAACUGUACCGAUAAUAUUGGAUCCAGAUUUGGAGUAUCCUGGUUGGGAACGGUACAAAAAUAUCGCUCAAACUGAGCUUGACUCCUAUCAUGCAUAUAUUAGGUCAAUAAUGGAAAAUUAUGGCAUUGAAGAUGAAGGACAAUUAUUUUCCGGUUUUAUUAGCGUUAUUCGAAAUCGAAUCAGUGAUCGUGAUACGGAUGACAUGUCUUUCUAUAAUACAAAUCAUAUAAUCGAGAAAAAAAUUUCGGCUGUUUUCAGAGCGUAAUAUCGACAUCGCUUCUUUGAUGAAUUUGGUGGAUUUUUGGAAAAUACAUUAUCCGAUCAUGAGGAUAAUCAAAAUGGUAAUAUGCGUGAGCGACGUAUUUGUAUUUGUCCAUCAUUGGAUAUGAAACGAAAAGCAUCAGCAUAUUACAUUCUCUGCUAUCGAAGUGCAUCGAUGGAUACAUCAUAUCGGAUUUUGUCAUUUGGUUGGCUUGCUUGGGAUGUUUUAUGUCAGGCGAAACAAGAAGUGAGAUUAGCACUUGGCAACUCAGUUGUGCAAUCAUUGGAUCCAUUGAGUGAAAGCGCAUCUGAGUUCAUCAAGCAUUACUGUGUAGCAAAUGCGGAUGAUGUGAAAUUGACAAUGUCAUGCAUAAUGGAAACAAAACAAGCCGCAUGUAUUCUUGAACCAUACUGCAGCCGUUACAAAGGUCUUGAAGAUUUAUUCUACAUUCUCGUUAAAUGGGCUACAUUUCAUGGAUUAUUAAAGGAACAACUAAAUGCUAUUCACAUUUGCCUUUUAUUCAUACAAUUUGGCCUUGGAUACUAUGCGGAUGAUAAAGAUAUCUUAGAAGUACAAUUUUUAGAAGAGACAGAGGAAAUUAUUGACAAAAAUUCUUAUUUGGCAUGCGAUUUAUAUAAUCUUGUCGGUGGUGUAGGUGUAUGCUUGUUAAAAUUUUUCAAAUUUCUUAGUUCGCGUACUGUGCAAACAUUAAAAAUGCUCAGUUUUCGUAAUAUUGGAUAUCAUUCGUUACUGUUACGAGGACAGUGGAUAAAGCUGAAUGAAGCUGCUUUGAAAACUUUUUUUGGUAUAGCUUUAAUAGGAAAAUUUGAUCAGGUAACAAUGAUUGGUAUGGGAUACGAAAAUGAUUCAAUCAAUUGCGAAAUUUUCGGAACAAUGGAAAUUGAACCAUUUAUGAUCGAAUUACCUAUUGAAUCACCAAAGCAUUUAGACAAAUUUCGUGAAAAAGUGUAUAAGCAUUCUGGUGUGAAAUAUUUGCAUAUGAGACAAGUUGCCCAUCGAAAAAAAGAUCGUGUUAUUGUCUCGGCAGUUGGUACAUUGGAAUCAUUGCAUCGUUUGCGUGAUUUGCUUUCAGUACGACCAUCUGUGAAUUCAUUUGCAAAUUACAAAGAGAAUAGUGAUAUUAUUAGUCGGAUUGUUGUGGAACGACUCGAAAAAUUGGAUUAG